AUGGGGGAGGUGGAAGGCAGGUGCAGUGAGAUCCAGGCUCUCGAGUACGAAUCACAGACCAUUAAUGGGCCAGUGUCUGUAGACAUCUUGUCCUACAAGGGCCCGAAGGAGCUGGGACUGGGGGGCCGGGUGGCCCUGGUCCAGAAAGCCGGCAAAGGAGGCAGUGAUCUUAGCCACCUGCUGGCUGCCCGUCGGUCCUCAGCACCUGCCCACAGAGGCCCGUUCUCUGUCCGGUGCCUCGUCCACCUGGGCUGCUCCUCCGAGUGGGGCAAAGGGAAGGGUCCGGUCUCAGAUGACAACUGGGGGGAGACGACCACCGUAGUGACGGGCACCUCAGAGCACAGCAUCUCCCACGAUGACCUCACGCGCAUCGCCAAGGACAUGGAGGACAGCGUCCCGCUCGACUGCUCCCGGCACCUGGGCGUGGCGGCGGGGGCCACGCUGGCGCUGCUCUCUUUCCUCACGCCGCUGGCUUUCCUGCUGCUGCCCCCGCUGCUGUGGCGGGAGGAGCUGGAGCCGUGCGGGACGGCCUGCGAGGGCCUCUUCAUCUCCGUGGCCUUCAAGCUGCUGAUCCUGCUGCUGGGCAGCUGGGCGCUCUUCCUCCGCCGGCCCAAGGCCUCGCUGCCGCGCGUGUUCGUGCUGCGCGCGCUGCUCAUGGUGCUGGUCUUCCUGCUCGUCGUCUCCUACUGGCUCUUCUACGGGGUGCGCAUCCUGGACGCCCGCGAGCGCAGCUACCAGGGCGUGGUGCAGUUCGCCGUGUCGCUGGUGGACGCCCUGCUCUUCGUGCACUACCUGGCGGUGGUCCUGCUGGAGCUGCGCCAGCUGCAGCCCCAGUUCACGCUCAAGGUCGUGCGCUCCACCGACGGCGCCAGCCGCUUCUACAACGUGGGCCACCUCAGCAUCCAGCGUGUGGCCGUGUGGAUCCUGGAGAAGUAUUACCAUGACUUCCCCGUCUACAACCCUGCCCUCCUCAACCUGCCCAAGUCCGUCCUGGCCAAGAAAGUGUCUGGCUUCAAGGUGUAUUCCCUCGGAGAGGAAAACAGCACCAACAACUCCACAGGGCAGUCCCGGGCUGUGAUCGCCGCGGCCGCCCGGCGGCGGGACAACAGUCACAAUGAAUACUACUACGAGGAGGCGGAGCACGAGCGGAGGGUGCGCAAGCGGAGGGCCAGGCUUGUGGUGGCGGUGGAGGAGGCCUUCACUCACAUUAAGCGGCUGCAGGAGGAGGAGCAGAAGAACCCCAGGGAGGUGAUGGAUCCCCGGGAGGCCGCCCAGGCCAUCUUCGCCUCCAUGGCCCGUGCCAUGCAGAAGUAUCUACGGACCACCAAGCAGCAGCCGUACCACAGCAUGGAGAGCAUCCUCCAGCACCUGGAGUUCUGCAUCACGCACGACAUGACACCCAAGGCCUUCCUGGAGCGGUACCUGGCGGCCGGACCCACCAUCCAGUACCACAAGGAGCGCUGGCUGGCCAAACAGUGGACACUGGUGAGCGAGGAGCCUGUGACCAGCGGGCUCAAGGACGGCAUCGUCUUCCUCUUGAAGCGCCACGACUUCAGCCUGGUGGUGAGCACCAAGAAGGUCCCGUUCUUCAAACUCUCCGAGGAGUUUGUGGAUCCCAAGUCGCACAAGUUUGUCAUGAGGCUGCAGUCUGAGACGUCGGUGUGACUGAGCAGCGGCAGGGGUGACGCCAGGGCUCCCGCGGGUCGGGGAGAGCUUGGCUCUCACCUCCUGCCGCCCUGCCUCCUCCCGCUCCCUUUUACUUGAAUUGACUCCCCCCACUCGCCCGCCGCCCGACCGCUCCCCCCUCCUCCUUAGUCGCCCCCCCCCCCGUGAGCCUGGAGAGGCCACCUGCGUCAGCAGUGCCUGGGAUCCUCUCUCUCUCUCUCCCCUCCCCCGCCAGCCCUUACUUGGUGUCAUCGUGCAGGAAUCCGUGCCUGUCCCCCCUCUGCCUCCGGAUGGCAUUCUCUUCUGGGAGGGCAUGGGGUCCCCCGGAGCCCCACCCCCAAACCAGGCUCUUGUGCAGUUCUCUCCUGUGGCCCCGACAGGGUGUCGCCAGGGGACAGACAGGACAACACAGAGCCACCGUGCCAAACUCCUCCAGACGGUGGGUCAUCCGCUGCUCCUGCCCGCCCAGCUGGCCCGUCACAGACGCCGAGUUUGUGGGGCAGGGUGCUCUCGCACCCCCCCCCCCCCCAGCUAGCCCGAGUCAGGGGUCUCCCUGCCAGGGUCGCUGGCUCCGGCUGUCAGAACCUCCCCCUCACAUCCACACGUAUUCAGAGCGAGGGACGGUCCCUAAAGUCUUUACCCUAAAGUCUCCACCUUCUGCCUCCCGUGGCCACAGCCAGACUGAGGCCGAAACCCUCUGUGACCACUUUCCCUGGGCCAUGGGGGACUGUACCCAUCCUUUGGGUCUUUCCUAGGCAGCCUCCGAGGGAAGGACAGGAGGGACCCCGGGGAACAUGGCUGACCCCUGCCCUCUGAACCUGCCUGCACCUUCGCUCCCGCCUGGCUGGGGCAGGUCCCCCUUCCCGGUGAAAGAUGACGAGUCGACUGCUGCACAGAUUGAGUGGCUUGCAGACCAUGACCCGACCCCCGCGGUCUUCGACCGACGUUUUGCUUUCCUUCCCCCGCCCCAGAGUGUCUCUUCUCGGCGCCAGGGGCCUGUUGUGUUGUCUCUCUUUGGGGGGGGGGAGCCAGUAACUCCUCCUCGUCCCCUGCCUUAAGCCCACUUCUUUGCCUCAGGGGUCUCCUUUCCUUGGCUGGCCAGGGUCCCCUCCUCUCCCUGCCUGGUUCUCUGGGCUCUUGUCUCCCUCAGUACUGGGGUGAGGGCCCAGGAUUGCUGCCUUCGUGGGCAUCGGCCCCCCCUCACCCCGGUGAGCUUCCGUAGUCUUUCCACCCGAUCUGAUUUCUCGCGAGUUCAGGUCUCGUUUUGAGCCAAAUCCGCUGGCUUUCUGAGACCUAUUUUCAGUGUGAAUCUGAGCCUUUAACUCAGACACCUUUAAAUUACGUAGUUUUAGCCAAGAGGACCGGAAGCGGGAACACCGGUAUACCUCCAGCCUGGGUCCACGCGGAGGACCAUUCUGGUGGCUGGGCUGGAGCCGCCCUGGGCCAGGCCUCGGAAUAACUUUCAGGCCCGUCUUCUCCUGGCCAGCCUGCCACGCGGAACACCCCCUCGGGCUAAGAUCCCCACCGGUCUCUGACCAGGGAGGCUUCCAGGGUGGGCAGGGCGGCCCCGACGUGAUGCAGCCUAGUGAUCACGUGUCUCCCCUGUCCUCUCUGAAAAAGCACGUCUGUCCGUCCGCCGCUUACUAGAGAAGGGCUCUUCAGUUCACGCUUAACCCGGUCCCCACAGAUGUGGGUUGUGGGGCCGACUCAGGCACUGCCUGAGGGAAAUACAUCCUGUCCUGGAGGUCGUGGGAAGGUGUCUUCUCUCCAAGGACCUGGGCUUAAGAGGAGUCCCUCUGGGUCACAUUUCUAAAUACCUCACUAUCCUGGAAAACGGGGCCCGGAUGGUGAUUGGGGUCGCUGCCUUUGUGGGCAGGCGUGGGGUGUGUCGGGACGUAAGGACCGAGUUGGGGCGGGCCCAGGGAAAGGGUUUGGGAUCUUUGUGGCUGCCCUAGGUUAGAGGCGGGGGAGUGUUUAUUUUAAGAACCUGCCAUGUGUUUAAUCACUGUGAUUUUUUUCAUUCCUUUUUCCUAAAACAAGAAAAAUUCCCCCCCCCCCCCCCCCCACCUCUCUAAGCACUAAGGGCUGUGGCUGAGAACGGUAGUGUUUGGGUCCUUUGCGGCAGAACUGUGGUAUUUUGUCUUCUUCGAUGAUUGUUAUAAUAAUUAUUAUUUUUUAAAACGUCAGGAUGAAUUGUCCAGUGUGUGGCUGUGUGUGUCUUUUGCUUCCCCUACGUGGGGAGCUGUCUUCAUGCUGUGAACUGAUGUGGGGCGCCUCUGAGCCCUGUCCCCCGCUUUGCCUGUCCCAUCACGUGCUGGGUUUUCUUACUUUCUUCCUGGGGGGGGGUGAACUUACCUGUGCACCCCGCCACUGCUCCCCCAGAACACCGGAACUCCAGGGCAUCCUAGCUCAUCCGACUGCCUCCACCAGGCCUGCCUCUUCAUCACCUUGGAACCUUCUCGUUCCUCCCUCCACACCAGGACGCUGUGCCUCCGGCCUUCACCUACCUCGCCACUCUGCCUCGGCCCCCCACUGCUCCCUGUCUCUCCAGCGACCCUUCACGCUCUGGUUAUUUUUAUUUCCUUUUACUUUCUCGUGUUUUCUUCCCAUCCCUCUCCACCUGAGCCUUUCAUUCUUCACUGUUCCUGCUGCACACCCCGCUACGGUACCUGUGAAGAGGCAUCGGGACCCCCCCCCCAGAACCUUCUCAUCGGAAACAUCCGUUCCCAGAGUCUGUGCUCCUCUCCUCCUCUGUUGGGCCCCUCCGUGCUGUCUGUCCGUCUGUCUGUCUGCUCUUUCCCCUGCCCUUCCCCCCCCAGGGCAGCAUCUGCUGAUGGAUUCGGUCCUGGCGUGUGAUUGUUGUGAGAUCUGUUCUUCUGUGCGCGAACGGAAAGGGGCUUUUUUGGGUCCCUUCCGAGUGAGAUUGUAAAUGUAGAAUUUGCCACUGUUGAAUCUAGGUUUUUUUUUUUUUUUUCCUCCUCUUUCUUUUUCUUUUUCUUUUUCCUUUUUUUUUUUUUUUCUUUUUGGGUUACAGAGACCUUGUGCAUGCAUGUAGAAAAUUGUAAAAUGUAAAUUUUUUUUUAAUAUAUAAAAAGCUUGUUUUUACAGUUUGCAGUGGAUCUAAACAUUAUGGCAAUUUUAGGGAUUUUUUUUUCUUAAACAUAGGAACUAAAACUGUACAAAUUUUUUUUAUAUAAAAUAAAGACAUUUGACUUUUGUGGGGGCA